GUACGUACCAGCUCGGAAGAUUUUCUUUCUAUGCAUCCUGAUUCCUGCCCCCAUGAUGCAUCACUGGCGGAUGGUCUUUCAAUACCUCCAUUUUCCAGGGUUUGGCCGCAACUGCCGCUUUCUCAAGCCCUCUCCAGCCAUUUAUGAUCAGACUCUCGCAAGAAACAGCCAUUUCCGGACAAAGAGAACGUGAAACAGAGCUAUUGACUUGUAACACAUUGGAAUAACCUCUGCACAGCUGUAGGUAUGUGCCGCAUUGGUUUUGCAGCCAACCACCCAUUGGACCAGCGAGGUUGGAUAUUGACGGCACCGAGCAAGAGUUCCUGCCAAAGUGGUUCGUGCUGCGGGGAUCCCCCUAAUCUGAGCUGGUUCCAAAGCAAUUCAUAGGUUCACAAUAACCGUUGGAAGAUUUGCUUAGAGAUAGUUGGGAUUGCUGCUGAGCCCCACCCCCAAAGAUCUCGGUGUUAAAACCUUCCCGAGCAGUAAAACCUGCCAUUCCCAAUUAGCAAGGGAGCCUAUUCACACCCACUAUGGAGUCAGCUACGAGUGCGUGCCGAGCACACCUGCCAAGGACCCUGCUGCAGCUUGCGGCUCAGUCAGCGGAUCUUGUCUUCUGCUCCAGAAAGGUUCCAUCCGGCGCUGGUUGUCAGGCAGCCCCACUGCGAACGAGACACCGCCCGCAUGUCUCUGCUACGGUGACUGCGAUAACAGCCCCUGCCCGGGAGAUCAGCCCCAAGCAAGAAAGCGAUCCUGCUAGUACCAGCGGUACUCCCAGCCUGAAGCGGCCCCCUAAAGCCGCGUCUCCUGCACACACGACGACCGCCAAGCAAAUGGAGGUCAUUCGGUCAAUGGACUGUUGGGUGGAGGAGGAAUUGCUGGGAAGAUACGAGCACCGGGUUGAGUUCAACUGGCAGCCUUCGGACCUGCUUCCGAGCUCCUCGGCGGAGGACUUCGUCCAGCAAGUGACGGACCUACGCACGCGGUCCGCAGAACUUCCGGACGACUUUUGGGUGUGCCUGGCGGGGAACACGGUGUCCGAAGAAGGCCUCCCUAAUUCCUCCAUCAUGCUCAACACGCUCGACGGCACCCGGGACGAUUCAGGGGCGGAUAUGACCCCCUGGGCCAGAUGGACCCGCGCCUGGACCGGAGAAGAGAGCCGCCACGGCAAAGUGCUUCACCAAUACCUUUACCUGAGCGGUCAAGUCAACAUGCACGCGCUUGAAAAGACGUCGCAGUACCUCGUCAACUCCGGAAUGGACCCCAAGACGGAGAACAAUCCCUACUUGGGCUUCGUCUACGCAACCUUCGUGGAGCGUGCGACGUUUCUCUCGCACCGCGUCAUGGCUGCGCGCGCGCAGGAGCUUGGCGACCAUCGGCUGGCCAAGAUCUGCGGCGUGGUCGCCGGCGACGAGAAGCGGCACGAGAUAGCGUAUGGCAGUAUCGUCACGAAACUGAUGGACCUGGAUCCGGACGGCACGAUCCUGGCCUUCGCCGACAUGAUGAAGAAGCAGAUGGUGAUGCCUGCUCACAUGAUGCAGGACGGCGAGAGCCCGACUCUGUUCAUGGACUACUCCGAGGUCGCCCAGCGGUGCGGCGUCUACACCUCCUUCAACUACGCCGACAUCGUCGAGCAUCUGGUGCGCUACUGGAAGGUGCGCGAGCGAAGGGGUUUGAGCCCCGAGGCCGAAGCCGCGCAGCAGUACCUCUGCAAACUGCCCGACCGCGUCCGUCGCCUCGCGGAAAGAACGCUCGGCAGGGCGAAGAAAGGAUCCCCCGCACGUGUGGGCAAGUUCAGCUGGGUGUUCAACCGCGAGGUGGCGCUUCUGUGAGAACUGAACUUCGCGCGGGUUUUUCGGUAAGCGUGCUGGGUUAGAGAGCUUCUAUAUCCAUGCUCAUCUGAUACGUAUCUGGUUGAGGGAUGUUUUCGACAGACAGUGGGGGAGGCCAACGUGGGUUUGAUCGAUUUAGUUACCGUCUACGCGUUGUGUCUCUUGAUUGACGGGAGGAAAAGGGAAAGUGCGACUGAUGUCGGUCGUUCUGGGUCUAAAGUACCCCGGUUUGAGAAAGAGUGGAUUUCUGAAUCAAGAAGCACUUGCCUGCAAAGAUUGUCAAGGGUUGUAUAGUGUAUAGCCGUUGUCGUGUAACAUUUGGGCACACCUAGCACUGAUAUGACGGGACGAGUCCAUUUUAGUGGUGCUCAUCUAUUAAUUUCGUAAGUGGAGACUGAAGGUGCAGUCCACAACCGAACAUAUAAAGAGACACAAUGGACCCUGAUCAGCUUGGCAAGAUGGCGCAAGAAACUCCAGUUGCAAGCCUCCUCGUACCGUAUCAACUCGUAGGCCGACGGCCGUCAAUAAGUAGUCAGUGUGAUUCAGCCCAGCGUUUGUCAGUGGAGGACGCAAACUCACUAAGCUUUCGAUCAGGCAGUUGAACAAGAUAUCAUUCUCUAAGCACGACCCGAUGUGCUUAGAUUGGCAUUCAAAAAUAAUACUUAUCUACUUUGUCUCAAACAGUCCGAUCACUGUAUGUCACAUCGUCUGUGUAACAUUGAUAAACAUUGGGAAGCGUAAUUUUAAGUCACGAGUCCCGUCUGGUUCCCAUGACGGUCACUCAUCACUGCAG